GGCGGGGCCUGGGCUCGAAGCGUGUGACGCCGCAGGCCGCGGCGGAGCUGGGGAUUAAUGGGAAAAGUUUUGGCAGGAGCUGAGGGAUUCUGCGGAGCUUGCGGGACGGCUGCGGCGGCAGCGCGGGAGGCGACCGGGACAGUGCUGCGCAGCGGUGUGGGCAUGCACGUGACACUCACUCAGUGGCUCCUGCUCACCGACAGAUGAAGACGAACCCACGGUAAAGGCGGUCCAUCUGCGCUCAGACCCAGAUGGUGCCAGAGCUAUGACCCGGCCUGCAGGCGCCACGCCGAGUGGGGGUCAGUCAUGGAGCAGCCACAGGAGGAGGCCCCUGAGGCCCGGGAAGAGGAGAAAGAGGAAGUGGCCACGACUGAAGGAGCCUCAGAGCUCAACGGGGGACCAGGGCACGUUCUUCCUUCCGGCAGCUGCACAGACCUCUCCCAGAAUUCCUCUCCUUCUUCCCUGCUGGACCAGCUGCAGAUAGGCUGUGAUGGGGCCUCCGGCGGCAGCCUCAACAUGGAGUGCCGGGUGUGUGGGGACAAGGCCUCAGGCUUCCACUACGGGGUCCAUGCGUGCGAGGGGUGCAAGGGUUUCUUCCGACGGACAAUCCGCAUGAAGCUUGAGUAUGAGAAGUGUGAUCGGAGCUGCAAAAUUCAGAAGAAAAACCGCAACAAGUGCCAGUACUGCCGCUUCCAGAAGUGCCUGGCGCUCGGCAUGUCGCACAAUGCCAUCCGCUUCGGACGGAUGCCAGAGGCCGAGAAGAGGAAGCUGGUGGCAGGGCUGACGGCCAAUGAAGGGUGCCAGCACAACCCACAGCUGGCCGACCUAAAGGCCUUCUCCAAGCACAUCUACAACGCCUACCUGAAAAACUUCAACAUGACCAAAAAGAAGGCCCGUAGCAUCCUCACCGGCAAGUCCAGCCACAACGCACCCUUUGUCAUCCACGACAUCGAGACGCUGUGGCAGGCGGAGAAGGGCCUGGUGUGGAAGCAGCUGGUGAACGGGCUGCCGCCCUACAAGGAGAUCAGCGUGCAUGUCUUCUACCGCUGCCAGUGCACCACGGUGGAGACCGUGCGGGAGCUCACCGAGUUUGCCAAGAGCAUCCCCAACUUCAGCAGCCUCUUCCUCAACGACCAGGUGACGCUACUCAAGUACGGCGUGCACGAGGCCAUCUUCGCCAUGCUGGCCUCCAUCGUCAACAAGGAUGGGCUGCUGGUGGCCAACGGCAGUGGCUUCGUCACCCAUGAGUUCUUGCGCAGCCUCCGCAAGCCCUUCAGUGACAUCAUCGAGCCCAAGUUUGAGUUUGCUGUCAAGUUCAAUGCACUGGAACUCGAUGACAGUGAUCUGGCCCUUUUCAUCGCCGCCAUCAUUCUGUGUGGAGACCGGCCAGGCCUCAUGAACGUGCCGCAGGUGGAGGCCAUCCAGGACACCAUUCUGCGGGCUCUGGAGGUCCACCUGCAAGUCAACCACCCUGACAGCCCAUACCUCUUCCCCAAGCUGCUGCAGAAGAUGGCCGACCUACGGCAACUGGUCACUGAGCAUGCCCAGAUGAUGCAGUGGCUAAAGAAGACGGAGAGCGAAACCUUGCUGCACCCUCUGCUCCAGGAAAUCUAUAAGGACAUGUACUGAGGCUGCAGCCCUGGCCUCUCCGGGCUCCAGCUGCGCCCAGCCAUGGGACUGUUCUGAGUAGCAGCCCACAAGUAGUGGGCACAGCGCAGGCAGCUGGGCCUGUUCACAACACUCCAGACACGUGGCCCAGACUCCCACCUUCCCUCCUGCCGCCAUGUCUCCCCAGCACCACUGCUCUUCCCCCUUGCCUUCUGCAGCAUCCUCCUCCUCCCAGCCUGUCCCCAUGUCUGUCCGAUCCAUGUCAGUGAGGCAGUUGGUACACUCACCCUCAGCCCAGAAGGACCUCUGCCUUUGCCCACUCUCCUGGGAGCAGUGCGUCCUGCAGCAGCCCAGUUCUGCCUUGCCUCUGUCUCCGUCUUCAGUGACCUGAGCCAUCCAAAGAAACACUAAGCUCUGGGCCCAGCUUUCCUAGAAGCUUGGCCUGGACUGACUGCUGUCCCAGGCUGUGGUCACCAUCACAGGGCUCCUCCUGCAGAGGGGAGUAGGCAAGGAGCCUGGGCCGGGAGCCAGGUUUCUCUCCCAGACUGUCUCCUCAACCCAAGGCACCCCUCCCCAACUCUGAUACCUUCCAUUCUUCUUGCCAGUGUUCUAGGCCAUUGCCACUGAUGGCCCUUGCACUGCCCUGGGGAUACGCCCUCCAGAUGGGGUCCCACACCCCAAUUGAAGUACUGAUGCCCAGGACUCAGGUUUGGGUCCCAGGGUUAGAGGCCAGACAGCACAUGGGGCAGGCUGUCUAUCAGUACCCCGCUGGCCUCCACCCUAUAGCUGUAUUCAGACUGGCAGAACCCAGUGCGAGAAACAAGGUCAUAGCUGCCCUUUCCUCUGUCUGGGAGACGCUGGCACACCCGCCCCCCCCCCCCCGCAACCGCCUCAGUGUGACCGUGGCACUGGCCCACCUCUCAGUCACCACAGGACCCCCACCCUGCUCUUCAUGAGGUAGCUGGGAGACAGCUGUGCCCCGUGCCUAGGUUGGUGAUGUGUGAGCGGGCAGGGGUGUCAUGCCAGCUCACAGGCAGAGUCGCCAGGGCUCCGCUGACCAGUCUCACAUUCGCACCCAGCAGCUCCGUGGCCGCCUUUUAUGCCUGGCUGGUCAGCAGCUCCCAGCUGCUGCUUCAAGUGGCAUGGAGCUUGCUGGGUGCUCCCAUCUUCUGCCCAGCCCCCUCCAGGCUCUCCUGAGACCAAGAGCUGAGUCCAGGCCCAUCCUGCCCAGACCCACGGGGAGCCAGCAGCCAGGCUCUCAGAGAAACGCAGUGGAAGCCUGGGCUUCAAGUCCUGAUGUCCUGGAACCUGUGUGAUGGUCCUUUGUCCCCAGGGCCUUGGCCAUCAGACCACAGCUCUGGAGGGAAAUGACUUGGAAAGGGGACAGAAUGCUCCUGCCAAUGUGGUGACCUUCCAUUGCCAGAUUACCCCUGCUAGCACACUCCCCGCCCCACCUCCACUGAUCAGGUCUUGGGGUCGUUGUCCCUCGGGGCCCAGGCUGUGGAUGGAGCUGCAUUCCCUGACCCGCCCUGUCCCCGCUCCCACCUAGGUCUGGUGCUGAGGAUGCAGCUCCUCUCAGGGUCUGAAGUCUCCAAAACUAAAAUGUAUAUUUUUGCUAGGAGCCCCAGCUUCCUGUGUUUUUAAUAUAAAUAGUGUACACAGACUGACAGAACUUUAAAUAAAUGGGAAUUAAGUAUUUAAGAGUUGACUCGAAGCCAGCUGAGUUCUUCAUGCUAUUCUGAGUACUGAGGGACACCUCUUCCAUAGCCAGGGCUGUCAGCAGGGAGGCCAAGGGAGGCUCCUGGUGCUAGCCUAGGGUCUGUUCUGUUCCUCCCUGCUCUCCCUGUAUCACCUCUCAGUAUGUGGGUACCACUGUUCCUGCCAGGGGUCUGAGGGGGGAAGAAUGAACAUGUUCGGAAAGGCCAGUAACAUUGGGGUCCCGGGGGAAGGAAGGCCCCCCUAGAGGCUGUGAGGCCUAGGUCUUAAGUGGCAUGUGGGACUUAAAUCAACUAGCCAACUAGCCAUGUCCCAAGAGACCAUGGAGUUGUGUAGUGUGAGGUGUGAUUAGGGUGGGUGGCACAGGACAGCUGCUGGGGUCAGUAUCUUCCCACCAUGUGAGUCCUAGGGAUUGAACUUAGGUCAUCAGGCUUGGUGGAAAUGCCCAGACUCACUGAGUAAUUAUUUUUAAUCUUUAUGUGUAUGUCUUGGGGUUUUAUUGCUGUGAAGAGACACUAUGACCAUGGCAACUCAUAAAGGAAAACAUUUAAUUGGGGCUGGUUACAGUUCAAAGGUUUAGUCCAUUUUUGUUGUGGGAAACAUGACGUCAUGCAGGCAGGCACAGUGCUGGAGAGACAGCUGAGGGCUUUUGGAUCUCUAGGCGGCAGGAAGUAACUGCCAUGUGGGGCGUGACUUGAGCUCACCCCCAAGUGACACACCUCCUCCAAUAAAGCCACACCCACUCCACAAAGACCACACCUCCUAACAGUGCCACUCCCUGUCCAAGCAUGAGUCUAGGGGGCCCAUACUAUUCAAGCCACCACAGUGUAUGGCUGUUUUGUCUGCAUGUAUGCGUGCUCACUAUUUCAGUGCCUGGCGCCCUUAGAGACUGGAAGUGGGUGUCAGAUCCCCCGGACUCAGAGUUACAGUUAUGAGUCUGGGUCCUCUGCAAGAGCAGCCAGAGCCAGGUGUAGUGGCACACCCCUUUAAGGCAGCACAGGCAGGUGGGUCUCUGUUAAUUUGAGGCUAGCCUGGUCUGCACAGAGAGUUCCAGGACAGCCUGGGCUACAUAGGCCCCAUCUCAAAAAGAAAGGGAAAGGAAGAAGAGCCUAACUCUUAAGCAUAGUCCUCGCUCCAGCCCUAUAAGCUCUGAGGGACAAGCAUGGUGCUAACAUCUGUAAAGCCAGCACUUGGAGAUAAGUGGCGGGCAGGUCAGCUCAAAUUCAUCCGGGGCUGCAGUGUGGGAAGAGUCCAGAACUACACGAGACUUUCAAAGAGGACUGGAGAACUUGGCAGUCAAGUUACUGCUUUCGUGGAAGACCUGGGUUCAGUUCCCAGCCCACCACAUUAAGGCUCACAGCUGCCUCUAACUGUGGUUCUAGAGGACCCCACACCCUCUAUAGCUUCUAUGGACUCCUAGGUACUCAUGAUGCACACAUGCUGGUCAAGCAUACACAUAAGUAAAAGUCUAUAUUCAGAUCUCUUAAGAAACUCUAAUUCUGGGCUGGAGAGAUGGCUCAGAGGUUAAGAGCACUGCCUGCUCUUCCAAAGGUCCUGAGUUCAAUUCCCAGCAACCACAUGGUGGCUCACAACCAUCUGAAAUGAGAUCUGAUGCCCUCUUCUGG